AUGCAACGCGCAAAAAUUCCAAAAGUUAUUAUUAUCGGUGCAGGUCUAGGAGGACUUGCUCUUUAUCAUGCAUUGAUAAAGAACAAAGAUAUAAAAGAAUUCGAUGUAAAAAUCUUCGAAAGGGAUUCUAGCCCAAGAGAACGAUGGCAAGGAUAUCAUAUAGCGUUGAACUUUUACGGAAUUCGAUCGCUUUUGAAUUGUGUACCAUCUUCGAUCACUUCAAACCUUCAAAGAGCGAUGCCAAAUCCACUUCCUGACGUAGAAUUCCAUGGAUUCUCGCUUUUCGAUAAUACAGGAAGACUUUUAAUAACUUUUCCAGCUAAACAAUUUAAAGACUUUAACGAACUUGUAAAAGUUCCUGAUAAGUUUUCAAUGAACAUUACUUAUCGUGAUAGACUUAGAGAUGUAUUAUUAGAAAGUGUACCGGUACACUGGGACAAAAUAUGCAUUAGAUACGAAGAAACCAAAGAUGGUGUUUGGGUAAUGUUUGAUGAUGGUUCGCAAGAAUAUUGUGAUAUCUUGGUUGGCGCAGAUGGAAUCAAUUCUCCAGUUCGAAAACAGAGACUACCCGAAUUACAAAUUUUCGAUUUUGGAUUAACACAUAUGGUUUCAAAUAUUGCAGUACCUAAACAUCUUAUGGACAGAUUCAUAAAGUUACAAGGAAAUAGUUUAUUACAAAAGUCUCUCGGAUUACAUGGUGAUUCGUCAACGCUUCUUUUUCGUCUAAUCCCAAUCGAGCAAGAGCCGGUUUAUGAGAAUAAAGGCAAUUAUAAUGAGCCUCAUUACAGAGUAACCUUGAAUUAUUCGUAUCCCACAAAAUUAGACGAC